AUGCUCUCUGCUCUGAUCAUUCUCAUCCCUCUCAUCAUCCUAGUGGUGAUAUUGCGCCGGGCAUUCCCCCGCCGGAAUCUCCCCCCCGGCCCCCGUGGAAUGCCCGUGAUCGGGAAUCUGUUUGAUCUUCCCCCGUCCGGCGUCCAGGAAUGGCAUCACUGGCUGAAACACAAGAGUCUAUACGGCCCGAUCAGUUCCGUCACCGUGCUCGGCCAGACGCUCAUCCUCAUCAACGACCGCGCCCUGGCCGUGCAGAUCCUCGAUAAAAACGCUGCAAAGCAUUCAUCCCGGCCGCAUCUCAAUUUCACUGAACUCACGGGAUGGGGAAACGUGCCUUCGAGUCAAGAUAACGGCCCUCUGCUGCGCCGCUACCGCCGCGCCAUGACUCGAGUCCUGGGAACGCGCGAGUCAACGUCUCGAUUCGACCGGCUGUUGGAAUUAGAAGCCCGUCGGUUCGCGUGUCGUGUGCUGCAGACGCCGGAAGACUUUGCCGCCCAUAACCGGACCGCUGCCGGUGCAUUCAUUCUGAAUAUCAUCUACGGCUACCAUAUUGAGCCAUUCGGCGAAGACCCCCUGGUCCGGCUCGCCGACCAGGCAAUGAAAGAGUUUGCGGAUGCGGUCGUGCCUGGGGCGUGGCUGGUCGAUGUGAUUCCUGCUUUGAAAUAUCUCCCGUCUUGGAUGCCCAGGGCGGGAUUCCAGCAUGUCGCCCGCAGGUACUUGGCCACCGUGACGCGAUUCGUCGAGGACCCCUUUGCUUUUGCCAAAUGCAAGAUGAGCGAUGAAGAUCGACCGUGUUUUGUCUCGACGCUUCUCAGCCAGGGCGAGGAUGACAAGAUCGUCAAAUGGGCUGCGCUGGGACUGUACGGAGGAGGAUCUGAUACGUCGGUCGGUGUGCUGGAAGCAUUCUUCCUGGCUAUGAUGGUCUUCCCCGACGUCCAGCGUACCGCGCAGGCAGAGCUCGACGCCGUGUUGGGCACACCUGUUCUACCCACAACCGCUGACCGAGACCGACUGCCAUAUGUCAACGCCCUCGUCCAGGAGUGCCUUCGAUGGCACACAAUGACGCCUCUGGGCCUCCCGCACCGGACUGAUGCUGACGAUCUUGUCGAUGGGUUAUUGAUUCCGAAGAACGCGAUCCUCAUCCCGAACAUCUGGGCUUUCAACAACGAUGAAGAAAUAUAUCGCAAUCCCCGCGAGUUCCGACCUGAGCGUUUUCUAUCCGAAAACGACUCCCACCCGUCCCUCGACCCGGCCGAGGUGAGUUUUGGCUUCGGACGAAGGGUGUGUCCAGGCCGACAAAUCGCCGAGACGUCGAUCUUCUUAAUGAUCGCGCACACGCUGGCGCUGUUCAACAUCUAUAAAGCCCGGGAUGAACAAGGGCGCGAGAUCGAGCCCGCAGUCGACUUCAUGCCGGGCAUUCUCAGCCAUCCGGCUCCGUAUGCGGCUGUGUUCACUCCGCGCAGCGCGGACCAUGAACGGAUUCUUCGCGAGUUUGAGAAAGAGCAUCCGUUCGGACGGGGGGACUCUGAAGAGCUACAGCGGAUUGUCGGGUUAGAGUAA